UGUUCUCGGCGGGAAGUGCAGCUUGUCUUUGUUGCUCUUGGAGAUGAGAUUUCUAGGAUGUCUGUCAGAAUUAAGGCGCCCAAAGUGCGAAGUGACUAGAGGGGAGCCAAGGCGAACAACUACGGAAUAGGAGGGAGCACAGACGUUUCCCAUUCUCGCCCCGCCUGGGAAAAGUGUUAGGAUCUCUUUCCAGCCCAAAAAUUCAAGCUCUGUUAAAAAGGAAAGUAUAUUGGACCUACCUGAAGGCCAGAGGGGCUUGCUCACCCUUCUCUGAAUUUUUGCCACUAAGCCAGGUACUAAAAUCAGCACUUGGGGGAAGAGUCACUGGCUGCCUACUAUGAGUGGCAAGCAGAAGCGGAUUGUUUAAGAAUAAAGUGGCCUGGAAAACAGGAAUGCCUGCCCAGAGUAUUGGAAUUGAGGAUAAUGGAUGAAGAUCAACUAAUUGAAGAAGUCCUGGAUAAGUUCGUUAACUGUCAUGAACAAACAUAUGAGGAAUUUCUGAGCACUUUUACUCAUCUUUCAAAAGAGGAUAAUGCUACCAAAAAGGGAGGACCUGGAACUGAUUCUUCAAAAAACAUAGCUACCUCUGUCAAAUUUACUCAUAAAAAUGACCAAAAUGACCACCAUCUUAAAAAGACAGCCAUCUUUCUUCAUACUUCACCACAGUAUUCAGAAGAAGAAAAAGAAGAGAUAGUGAUAGAUGAAGGUUGGAAAGUCAACAGCUCCUUUCAAGGGCAUCUGAAGUGGGCUGGAAAGGUGAAGGUGGACAAUUUCCUCAGUUUAGAAGAUUUGGACAUAGGUGAAGAGGCCAAGCCCCAAAUGAGCAAGGACAGGAUACUGCUUCCAGGAGAAGUGGAACAGGAAUUAAUAAGCACAUAUGUUCCUUCUUACACACCUUCUGUGGUCUGGUGUCCCAUCAAUGAAGAGAAGCCAAAGCCUACUGUAAAAAGGACUAUGGAGCAAGAGGCAGAGAUACUUGGAGAUGAAGUUCAGCCCUUCUCACUUGAUGAAAAAUUUGAUUAUGACAAUGUGACUUUAACCCCCAAGUACACUGCUGAAGACAUAGAUACCAUCAGAGAAGUGUUGAAGCAAGGGAGAAAGAACACCAACAUACAACAAUAACAGCUGAUGGAAGCCCCACAACUAAGGCAUCUGUGUUUAUUUUUAUUUUGUCCUUAUGCAAGCAACAAAAUAAAAGCUAAAAAGAAUAAAAAACAAAUAAAAGCUAAAAAGAAUAAAAGAUAAGCCAACCAUAAUUCUGUAGAUAUUUACAUGUGUGGUUUAAUUGACCAAUGAUCUAUCAUCAGGGAGAAGGAGGAACUGACAAUAACUAAGAGAGGCUUGCUUUACAUAAUUCUCUCCUGUCACAUUACUAGUACAUCCUGAGACUGCUGUGGGAAGUGGGACUGGAAGCAAUGCCUGUUGAAUUUGAGCAGGUUGUAUGCCUAGUGUCAUAAAGACUGGACACACGUUUCUAUCUUUUUGGGGGUAAAUGGCAGUGUGAGUGACAUGUACAUGAUGUGUAAAACAUUAUGCAUGGAGGAAAAAGUGCUCAGGUGAGCAGGGUACUGGUUCCAGCUAUUGGGAGAUAAUGGUAUUAGUGUGAUUCUCAGGAGAUUAGCUUCAGGCAUUGAUUGACAAGGGCUUCCCUGAAAAAGAUAUUUGACAGAUGAUUAUGUGUCAUCUAUGGGAGUCGUGGAUAUUGUCAUUGUUAUUAAACCAUAGGAGAUACAGAGUGCAAGCAAAGAGUUCCGUCAUCGAAAGUUCAAAAUACAGUUUGAAAAGGCAAGCCGACUAGAAAAUGUAAAAACAUUGUGGGGAUGCAAAUUAUGUAGAACACCCUUAAAGCAAGGAGGAAAGGAUGAAGACACAGAACAAGAGAGAAUAAUAUGAUGAAGUAAUUAUUUAUUAAUGAAGGAAUCAGUAAGAAGUCCAGUGCAUUUAGUCUUUACUGAUUUUCCUUUCUCUUUUGAAUACUUUUUUUUGAGCAGUUUUAGCUUCACAGAAAAACUGAGGAAGAGAAUUCCCAAAUAUUCUUUGCUGCCUGUUACCACCCUUCCCUCUUAAGCCCCUCCCACACCAGAGACUACAUUCAUUUUUGUUUUAUUUUGGGCUU